CAAAGCCAGUCAGGGACCCUGGCAACAAAUGCUCAUUAGGUGGGAGUGAUACAAAUUAGCCAUGGAUACUGUCUAUAUAUAGCAACAAGUGGACAAUUUGCAAUCAAUUUUUUUGCUUCAGGAAUGUGUUAAUUAUGGUUUUCAGUCAUAUUUUCCUACUCUACUGCCUUCCAACACGCAUGUCAUCUUCAAUGAGAUCUGCGUCCAUAGGUUUGACAACAUGAGUCAGUGGUUGUCUGUGCACCGUUCCGCUUACUCAAAUGUCAGCUGGGAUAGGCUCCUGCUCACCUUGGCCGAACGUAACAAUGCUCCCACCCCUCUGCAAGUCCUCACCUUCACAAGCACAGCGGUCAGCUUCGAUCUCACUGAGCUGAGGAAUAAAGUGGCCAAAAUUAAAGUGAAUCCCAGAGGGAACCUUUGGGCAACAGGGCACUUCAUGGGCAAGAAGAGUGUGAUGGAAACCCCGCUGCUGUCUUCCACCGAGGAACGGGGUGUGGGACCCUUGGACGACACCCAGGGGCGCAGCGGCCUCAGCGAGCUUUUCCAGCACUUCCUGCGGGUGGCCAUGCAAGCGCAGGUGGACUCACAAGAGAGCCGCUUAAAAACUCUGGAUUCAGAGAUGCUGAAUCGGAUUUUGGAGAUCUACACACAAAGAAAGUGACACACGUGAUGGCCAUUAAGGACAGUCCACUGCUCACAAUGAUUGUAAUCUACUCAUUUUUGUGCCAUUCACAAUUUUCAUUUAUUGUUUUGUUUCCCCCCAAACGCUUCAAUAUUUGGUCUUGCUUGCUUACUUGUAGUCAAUAAAAUUCACAGUUCCACUGCUCUCUGCUGACAUGCAGCAAAAACAA